GUCGGCUCAGUCCAAGGGAAUCACCUGUCCUGAGAGUAACGGCAGGAACCAUGUUUCGUCCUCGCACUCUCAGAGUUGAUUAUGAUAAAAGUGUAAACGUCGUUUGCGUGGUGGGCUCGGCGCUUCACGUAGCACUGAACAGCAACAAGUCAAUACACACAUGCUGCUGCUGGCGACAGUAAAACAGGCCGUCUAUUGUUUCCCUUCAAACACCAGAGACUUUGUUGUCCCGCAGAAUCUCAUCCGCCGUGCCAACCGCCAGCCGACGCAGCACAUCCGAGUUGAGACUGGAUUACCCGGCGAUUGCAAAAUAAAAUGGAGUGCGCCUCCAAACUCUGCAUACUUCUCAGUCAAAUGCACCGCCAACGUUCAGUACAGCAUUGCCCCGCCCACCCAGGCGACCUCUCACCUUUACCCCACUUCCCUGGAUGUAAAGACAAUGCUGCUCAUCUCCAUGAGCAGUGCCAGCGAACAUGAGAACGACAGCAAGCUGUCUGUCCGAUACUACGGGAAGGAUAAAGAAGUUUUGAGCACUGCCAUCCUGCAUUUGACAGCACUUGAAAUCUCUCUUGAUGUGGAUGCUGACCGAGAUGGCGUUGUGGAGAGAAACAACCCUAAUAAGAGUUCUUGGAAGUGGGGUCCUAAUGGACACGGAGCCAUCCUAUUGGUCAACUGUGACUCGGAGCGACGUUUUUCCAAAACACUCGACACUGAGGUGGACUACAUCUCCAAGUUGUCAGAUCUGCGGGACAUGUCCGAGAUGAUUCUGCGGACACGAGGGCCCACUAAGCUUCCGCCAGGCUACAAGCUUACCAUGCACAUUUCUCAGGGCGACGCAGAGAGCGUCAGGGUUUACAGGUCCAGUCCUCACUCGUAUGGAAAUUUUCUGUCUGGCGUAUCGGGCGAUUUUACUCGAGUGUUGACAAGCCAGAUGUUGUCUAGGGAGGUGCCGUACCUCGGGGGCGUCGCCGAGAUGAGCUUUUACGUGGAGGGUCUCAGGUUUCCGGACAAGGACUUUGAUGGGCUCAUCAGUAUCAAUCUCAGCCUGCUAGAGCCCAUAUGUAAAGGUCUUCCCGAGACCCCCAUUUUCACGGACACCGUCGUGUUUAGAGUGGCGCCGUGGAUCAUGACGCCAAACACAUUACGGCCGGUUGAGGUGUUUGUGUGCAGCACGUCAGAUAACUACGGCUUCCUGAAAGGGAUGAAAAAUCUGGUGGCAAACAGCGGCUACAAGCUCAACAUUUGUCACGAGUACAUGAACAGAGGCGACCGCUGGAUGCAAGAUGAGUUGGAAUUUGGGUACAUCGAAGCACCACAUCACCGCUUUCCCGUGGUCUUGGAUUCACCCAGAGAUGGAAAGCUUUUGGAUUUUCCCUACAAUGAACUACUGGGCCCAGACUUUGGCUACGUCACAAGAAUGGCCCUGAGAAAAGACGUGAGCAGUCUGGACUCAUUCGGCAACCUGGAAGUCAGUCCUCCUGUCACGGUCGACGGGAAAGAAUAUCCGUUGGGAAGGAUCAUCAUCGGUGUGGCUUUUCCCACAGCCACCAAAGGACGGAACAUGACCAAAGUGGUUCAGGACUUCCUAUGGGCACAGAAGGUCCAACAGCCCAUCGCUUUGUUUUCCGACUGGCUUGUCGUCGGGCACGUAGAUGAAUUCAUGACGUUUGUUCCUGCACCAGACAGAAAGGGAUUUCGGCUCCUGCUGGCCAGUCCGGACGCUGGCUACAAGCUAUUCAGAGGCCUAAAGAACAACGGCCAUGGAAAGGCCAAACUAUUUGAGGGGCGCAGUGACCAAAAGCCGAUCACAGUGGAUGAAAUACUGGAAGACGAAGCCUUUCAAGCUGAGAACAACUACGUUCAGAGCUGCAUUGACUGGAACAGAGACGUGCUGAAGCGUGAGCUGGGCUUGGAUGACGCCGACAUCAUCGACUUGCCCAUCCUCUUCAAGUUAGAACAGGAUGUCGACCACGAGUUCCGAGCGGUGGCCUUCUACCCGGACAUGGUGAACAUGAUUGUGCUGGGGCAAAACCUGGGCAUCCCCAAACCAUUCGGCCCCAAGGUGAACGGCCGCUGUGCCCUGGAGGCGGAGAUGUGCUCCCUAAUGGGGGGUCUGGGACUCAACUGCACCUUUAUCGACGAUUUUGCCUCUUACCACCAGCUCCUGGGUGAGGUCCACUGUGGCUCCAAUGUACGCAGAGAAGCGUUUAACUUCAAGUGGUGGGAAUUAGACAUGUGAAUUGAUCAAACAAAUGAGCUGCUUGGGACUGGGAAACAUCACUUUCUUAAACGUCAUUAAACAUCUGUCUUUAUUUACACUGAGGAUGCAAAGCAAAACUAUAUUUACAAGCUAGUCUCUUUUUAACAAGCUGACGAAAACAAAAAUACAAUCAUUUAAAAACUGCGCACUUUUUGAACUGUUGAAAGCACAGACCAGACGCAUGGAUGUGCUAUUAUUGUUGUGCCACAAGGAGGCGCAAGCCAUCUACGGUUCAAACGGGCAGCUUCAACAUCAAGUCAAAUUCCAAAGUAUGAAUGAACUAAUCACGUGCCUUGCGUGUUACAUUCAGGAACCUCUGGGAAAACGAGCGCGACACAAUCGUCUGUAAAGGCAACCUCAACAUGAGUCACAGUGUAGUUCCAAAAAAAUACUUGACAAAAACCAAACUGAGGAUUUCCUAUAGAAAGGCAUUUGUGCAUUUAUUUGCAUCCUAAUAGAACACUCAAUUUUUCACUGCCUCCCACUACUGAGAUUUUCACCAACAAAUAAAAUGACAAAGUUACACUUAACUAGGACAACUAGUGACUUAAAUUUCCAGAGAAAGCAUAUGCUUCGCACAUUGUAAAAAAUAGAAGACGCUCUCUAGUUGAAAUGCUUAUAUUUGAUCUAAAGCAAAACGUACGCUUACCUCAGAAACAUUCACUUACAGAUCAGUUCUAAUCAUAUUUAAAAAGUCUUUACAGUUUAGCAGAAUAAGGACAGCCAAAAUUUUUAAUUUUACCAUUUUUGAACCAAAAGACUGCUUUCGAUGGAAUGGUUCACAGAUCACUAGUAGAACAAGGGUGUCUACUGAAACUAUGUUACUAGUGGAACUAUGUUACUAUGUGGAAAAAAAAAAAAAAAAACAGAAAA